AUGGCUAGCCAUUCGAACUCAGAAUUGAGCAAUGUCACUGUGGCUGUUAUUGAAGCCGGAGGCUCGGUGCUCAAUAAUUUCAAUAUCACUUAUGUUGAGGGCCAUAGCUUGGCGUUUGACACUGACAUCGACUGGGCGUAUCAAACCGAGGAGCAUAUAUAUGCUGGAGACCUCAAACAAACCAUUCGCGCUGGAAAGGCUAUCGGUGGUACAAGCACGAUUAAUGGAAUAUCCUAUACCCGAGCUGAAGACAUCCAAAUCGACAACUGGGAACUGGAAUCAGAAGGAUUCGAGGUGCCCGCUCAAGACCUAAUUGCACAUGGUGCCAGUUACGACGCCGACUACCAGGGGCGAAAUGGUCCCGUUAAAGUGGGUUGGCCUACAGCAAUGACCAACAGCAUCGUCUUUCCUGUUCUUAAGGAGACCUUUGAACACCUGGGCGUUCAUUAUAAUCGCGAUUCCGGAGGAGGCAGGAUGGUUGGGUUUACGGUCCAUCCUGAUACUGUGGACAGAGAGGCCAAUGUUCGCAUGGACGCCACGAGAGCGUACUUCUGGCCGUACAAAUCUCGCCCGAACCUGAAAAUCAUCUCGAACACACAAGCGAACAGGAUCAUCAAGGCAAAUACCACCCAUGGCGAAAUCAGUGCUAUUGGAGUUGAGGUUACUGGUCCACAGGGCGUGGGUAUGAUAUAUGCCUCAAAAGAAGUCAUCCUGUCGGCCGGAGCAUUAAGAUCACCAGCACUUCUUGAACUGUCCGGUGUUGGAAGCCCAGACAUUCUUCAAUUACUUGACCGGACUGGCAACAUUUUCCGCCCUGCUCUCGGUCAAUCAGCUCUAUGGGACAAAGUUUCUGAAGUGGCGGCAUUUGUCCAAGCCAACCUAGCUAGCUACGCAAGGAAUAUAUCGAAGACCUCAAAUGGUGUUGUCAAGGAAUCCGAUCUGCUGGUUGCUUUCAAGCUCCAUCUUCGCUCCCAGUGGAGAGUCUUCGCCAGUGAAUACUGGCCGCUUCUGCCCUUUUUGAGAGGAAGCGUCCAUAUUCGAUCGACGGACGCUUCGCAGCCUCCUGCAAUCAACCCGACUUAUUUCAUGUUCGAGCAAGACGCCACUGCUCAGGCUGAUAUGGUUCAGUUUAUCUGCAAGGCUUUCGGUACCGUACCGCUAAGCAAUAUUGUAGGGAAUGAGGUUUCCCCAGAGUUGGGUGUCCUACCCACAAAUUUGUCAAUCGCCACUUGGAACAACUGCGGUUUGGCGAACUACCGACCUAAUUAUCACCCAGUCGGUACUGCCAGCUUGCUUCCUUGGGGAAAUGGUGGAGUUGUCAGUCCUGAGCUUAAAGUGUAUGGGACCAGGAAUGUCCGUGUGAUUGAUGCAUCAGUUCUGCCGUUCCAGCUCUGUGGUCAUUUACAAAGUACACUGUAUGCUGUCGCUGAGAAGGCUUCAGAUAUAAUAAAGCAGAGGCACAUUGUCUAA